CUCCGGCCGUCCCGGCCUCAGUUCCCGGCUGUAGUCCGCUGCGCUCGCCUCUGCCGGGCACUGGCAGAACCAUGUCUCCCUCCUUGCAGAAGCUUCCGCCCCUGCGCCGGGUUUUCGUGGUGGGGGUUGGCAUGACCAAGUUCACGAAGCCUGGAGCUGAGAACUCAAGAGACUACCCUGACUUGGCAAAAGAAGCAGGUCAGAAGGCUUUAGCUGAUGCACACAUCCCUUAUUCAGCAGUGGACCAGGCAUGUGUUGGCUACGUUUAUGGUGACUCUACCUGUGGGCAGAGGGCUAUUUAUCACAGUUUGGGACUGACUGGAAUUCCUAUUGUCAAUGUCAACAAUAAUUGUUCUACUGGUUCUACUGCUUUGUUUAUGGCCCGGCAGCUGAUUCAGGGUGGUAUAGCAGACUGUGUCUUGGCUCUUGGGUUUGAGAAGAUGGAGAAGGGAAGCCUUGGACUGAAAUUUUCAGGUAUGACCAAUCCACUUGAUAAACAUGUUGAUGUCAUAAGCAAUAAGUAUGAAUUGUCUGCCUCCCCAAUUGUUGCUCAGAUGUUUGGGAUUGCUGGAAGAGAACAUAUGGAAAAAUAUGGAACAAAAAUUGAACACUUUGCAAAAAUUGGAUGGAAAAAUCAUAAACAUUCAGUUAAUAACCCGUAUUCCCAGUUCCAAGAUGAAUACAGUUUAGACGACGUGAUGGCAUCUAGAAAAAUUUUUGAUUUCUUGACCAUCCUACAAUGUUGUCCCUCUUCAGAUGGUGCUGCGGCGGCAAUUUUGGCCAGUGAAACAUUUGUACAGAACUUUUGCCUGCAACACAAAGCUGUGGAAAUUUUGGCACAAGAAAUGGUGACCGAUUUGCCAAGUUCAUUUGAAGAAAAAAGUGUUAUUAAAGUGGUUGGUUUUGAUAUGAGUAAAGAAGCUGCCAGAAAAUGCUAUGAGAAAUCUGGCCUGAGACCAAGUGAUAUUGAUGUAAUAGAACUUCAUGACUGCUUUUCUUCCAAUGAACUCCUUACUUAUGAAGCAUUGGGACUCUGUCCAGAAGGAGAAGGUGGGACAUUGGUUGAUAGAGGAGAUAAUACUUAUGGAGGAAAAUGGGUCAUAAAUCCUAGCGGUGGAUUGAUUGCAAAGGGACACCCACUGGGAGCUACAGGCAUGAGCCACUGCGCCCGGCCUUGCUGGGAUUACAGGCGUGACUCACAGCAACCUCAAACUCCUGGGCUCAAAGUCACAACAUCUUUAUUCUUAGGGUUUUUGAAAAUUACUAUUGUAUAAAUGUUGAAAAACUUAGUACCUAUGGGACUCUGUGAAUUGAAACUGAUUCUUUCCCCCAGUUCCUUUAGAACUCAUCAAAUUGAGGCUAUUCCAACCAGCUCUCCAGGUGAUGGAUUUAAGGCAAAUCUUGUGUUUAAGGAGAUUGAGAAGAAGCUUGAAGAGGAAGGGGAACAGUUUGUGAAGAAAAUUGGUGGUAUUUUUGCCUUCAAGGUGAAGGAUGGCCCUGGGGGUAAAGAAGCCACCUGGGUGGUAGAUGUGAAGAACGGCAAAGGAUCAGUGCUUCCUAACUCAGAUAAGAAGGCUGACUGCACAAUCACAAUGGCCGACUCCGACCUACUGGCUUUAAUGACUGGUAAAAUGAAUCCUCAGUCGGCCUUCUUUCAAGGCAAAUUGAAAAUCACUGGAAAUAUGGGUCUGGCUAUGAAGUUACAAAAUCUUCAGCUUCAGCCAGGCAAAGCUAAGCUGUGAAGAACUCCCUUUGACUACUUUUGAAAAUCAAGAUGAAAUAUAUAGAUAUAUAUCCAUAUAUUUCAUUGUCAGAAUUUAGACUGAGAUUACACAUUGGCAAAUUGUGUGAGAUAGAUUUGUUUUUAAAUGGGUAUGACCAAUCCUGUUUUUCCUAUGCUCUGGGUGAAUAGAGCCUGAUGGUGCACUACUACUUUUCUGAAUUGCAUACAACUGUGCAUUACAAAGUUAAUAUGGUAAUUAUGGUUUGGGGUAAAACUGAGUUUCAGAAUAAAAUUAAGAACAGUAAAAUCCAAAAAA